GUAAAUUUAGGAGGAGGGGCUUUUCCAAGAUGGCGUUCUAUCAUCGACGAACGUGUCCGCGUACAAUGUCAAAUUUAGCGACUGUUUUCUUCCUUUUAGCAUGUAUUUAUUCCUCUCAAACUCAGUCCACCGAACAGUCACCAGUUCAAGCAUGUGAAACUGACCACCCUGAGAAAGUUGCAGAGGAGGAAGUGUCCAUUCAACACCAACUUGAUAAUCUUAAUUUAUUGCUUUUCCUGUCGUUGUUGGUUUUGACAAUUUUGACAAUUUGGUUGUUCAAGGCGCAUCGUUUCCGAUUCAUACAUGAAACCGGCUUAGCUAUGAUUUAUGGUUCAAUAGUAGGUGCCAUAGUGUGGUACACAGCUGACACAAAUGGGCCUGAACAUGACCCGAUCACAACGGACGCCCAAGAGUGUGACAUCUCUAAAGCUACAAGCAGCAUCUACCUCUCACUGGAAUACCCCAGUAAUAAGAGUGUGACGUUUCAAUAUAACAGGCUGGGCAUCAUCAAGGGAGGCGCCUACACUGUGCCAUCCGCAUUUGUUGAGAAGGUGAACUUUGACCCGGAGGUCUUCUUCAACAUGUUGCUUCCCCCCAUCAUAUUUUAUGCUGGUUAUAGCCUCAAAAGAAGGCAUUUCUUUCGUAAUCUGGGCUCCAUUUUAACCUAUGCUAUGGUUGGCACAGCAAUUUCCUGCUUUGUUGUUGGAGGUAUCAUGUACUCGUUAGUUGUAUUAGUAAUGAAAAGGACAGAUUUCAACCUUAAAGAUUCUCUCUUUUUCGGAGCUUUGAUUUCAGCCACAGACCCUGUCACUGUGUUGGCGGUGUUUCACGAUCUACAAGUUGAUGUGGAUAUGUACAUUCUUGUCUUCGGAGAGAGCGUUCUUAAUGAUGCUGUGGCCAUUGUACUUUCAAGGUCAGUGGAAUCUUACGACAGUGACUCUUUCGAAGCAGGACCAAUUUUAAAAUCCCUUGGGAUCUUCAUUGGUGUCUUUGUUGGCUCUUUUGCGAUUGGAUCAGUCAUGGGCUGUAUUACAGCAAUAGUGACUAAAUUCACUCGUAUCAGAGAUUUUCCUCUUCUGGAGACAGCUAUCUUCUUCAUCAUGUCUUAUAUGUGCUACUUAAUGGCGGAAGCUGCUCAGCUUACUGGAAUUGUUGCGGUGCUAUUCUGUGGGAUUAUGCAGGCUCAUUACACCUACAACAAUCUGUCUGAAGAAUCCAAGAAACGAACCAAAGAGGUUGCUGAGCUGGCUCAGUUCCUAGCGGAGAGUUUUAUUUUCUCCUACAUGGGUAUUUCCAUGUUCAAUCCUAGGAACCAAUACUGGGAUGCGGGCUUCAUCUUCUCUGCUUUUUUUGCCAUCCUCGUGGGUCGUUUUCUCAAUAUUUACCCCUUGUCAUUCUUACUGAAUCUCGGAAGAAAGCAAAAGAUUCCUUGGAAUAUUCAGCACAUGUUGAUGUUUUCAGGACUGAGAGGAGCUAUUGCGUUUGCACUUGCCAUCCGUAACACCGCCACUGUGGCACGGCAACUAUCGCUAACGGCAACCUUGAUUAUUGUUUUGAUUACCGUGGUGAUAUGUGGAGGAAUGACCACUCAGAUGUUGACCUGGCUAAAGAUAAGGGUUGGGGUCUCUGAUGAGGAUACCGCCCAGCAGCAGGGAAUGCAAGUUGUGGGAUCGCAAAACACUGAGAUUGAUGUGAGAAUAAGAAAGCGUUAUGAUCAGGCAUGGCUUGUCAGACAGUGGUACGACCUCGACCAUAAAUUUUUCAAGCCGAUCUUCACUCGGAAAGGAGCAGAUCUGAAAGAGACUCUACCUCUCUGCUGUUACCCUGUGGCGAGAUGUUUGACAGUAAUGGAUGAGCAUGUCAACGAAGACAGCGAUAGUGACUUGAUCUUAGAUGAGAAUAGCUCCAGCGCUGACCAGCUCUCCGGCGUCAAUCUAGAGAUCGCUCAACCAACCAAUCACACAGAAGACGAUAUCGUAUUAGACGCUGAUUUAGGCUUAGGAUCAAACCAAAUCACUACACCAGGGUUAAACCUUAAACCCAUCCCAGCUGUUGUAUAAAAAUGUAAAUAUAUGAAUAUGCAUAUUAUGUAAAUGAAUGUUGUUUCUUUUAUGUAAAUGCCAACCCUCAGGCCAGUUUGAGAGGAGGAAAGAUAGAGACAAGUUCCCAGCGAUUAUUUUGUGAAGAAUUUUGUUAACAGCUGAAUUUUGUUUCUGUCAAAAGGUGUUAAUGAAUCAUAUCAAAAAAGUUAUCGAGAGAAUUUUAAUUUUGUAUUUUGACAAAAUAUUGAUUGAGAUGCACCUGUCAUGUGGAUUCGAACAAGUUACCACUAGGAAGGAACAUUUAUACAGAUCACAAUGAAUUUAGGUCAGUUUUAUUUUGGGACAAAGAAACGGAGAAUAAUUUUUCUUGAGAAAUCAAGCGACUGGUUUACUUUCAUAAGCAGCUAUAGGUGUACAUGUUAUUUGUCAAAAAUCCACCUACCACUCCGUUAUUCUAUUCGCUUUAGAUCAAUAUUUUUUGGUCAGAAAUCCACCUACCACUUGGCCAUUUUAUUCGGUUUAAAUCAUUGUGGUUUCUAUUCUUCAAGCAAGAAACAGGUUUCAGAAUUUAGACACUCCAAAACUCUUACAUGGUUAAACGUCAGAGUCAUUGGCCAUUAAAAUGACCAGGGCCCAGUUUCAUUAAGUCUGUUAGCAAAAACAUGUGCCAAGCACAGGGAAGUAUUUCUUAGCGAAUACAUGUAACAGGCAACCAGUCAAAAUAACAUUAAGUAUGCAUUGUUGUGACUUAUGCCCCAACUAAAUUUUCGCUUAGCAGAGAAAUUUGUCAAGCAGAAUUUUCUGCCAGACAGCUUUAUCAAAUGGGACUAGUUGGGAAAGCUGCCUCGUGUCAUUAUUGCGUAAUGAGUGUGAUUUUAAGAAUUGACAUAUCUCUAAAGUUGACUAAAAUCUUGAAUCAUUGAAUGUUUGAUCAUUGAAUACUACAAACUAAACUCACUCUCUCUAUAUACAUAUAUACAGUUACAGUUGCAUAUAUACAUGGGAAAUUUCGCAGAUGUCAAUAAACUAUCGGUGUAACAGGCACUUGAGCAUAAGACAAACUUUCAAAUCAUUAAAGGUAGGAACAUAGAUUGGUUUUUGUCAACGUAAUGCAAAAGUUUCAGCUGAAUAUAUUAUAAUAAAAAUAAUAAUAACACGGACGUUUAUACUGCGCAGUGACCUAUAUAAAUAUACUCUACUGCGCAUUACAAGGAAUACAUAAAAUGCAGAGAAAAAAUGAAAAAAACCCCAAAU